AUGGUAGUCUCUGCUGUGACCGCCGUCGCGACCGUCACUUGCGUUCUCGUCCUGAUCUACAAAUUAAUACUCUAUCCACUAUUUCUAUCACCAUUGUCUAGGAUUCCAAACGCCCAUUGGACAGCACCCAUAUCCCCCGCCUGGAUCAUCUGGAGAAGGUAUCGAGCUUUGAACAAUCGUACAAUCCAGGCGGCGCACGAGAAAUUCGGGCCUAUUGUGAGACUAGGCCCCUCUGAAAUCUCAAUCAAUUGCGUCGACGGUGGCAUAAAAAGUGUAUACACUGGGGGUUUCGAGAAGCAUGAAUGGUACCCACGGGUAUUCGGGUCUUUUGGUACCGUAAGCAUGUUCACAAUGACCGACAAUAAAGCCCAUUCCAGCCGCAAAAGACUGCUGUCCAACAUUUACAGCAAGUCCUUCUUACAGUCUUCACCACACAUCCACCUGAUCUCUGAGACAAUCAUGCUUGACCGUUUCCUGCCUCUGAUCCACGAAGCAGUUACAAGUAAUGCCGUGGUGGAUAUGCAUGAUCUGAAUCAAGGGCUGACCAUGGACUUCGUAUCCUCGUACCUCUAUGGACUGGCCAAUGGGUCCAACUUUCUGCAAGAUGCGGACUUCCGGCACAGAAUGUUGCAACUCUAUCAAUGCAGAAAGCCGUUUGAAUUCUACCAUCAAGAAGUUCCCGGCUUGCUGGCAUGGACCAAGAAAUUCGGACUUCGUCUAAUCCCUAAAUGGUGUGAUGAGGCCAACGAGGUACUGGACGCAUGGGGGCUGAGUUUCUGCGACAAGGCGGACGAAUGCAUGGCAUCCACCAAGCUGGAGACUGAACCGAUGGUAUACAAGCACCUCAAGCAAGGUAUUUUGAAGCAGCAGAAAGCCGCUGGGCUAUCAGACGCAGACCCAGAGAAGCAAAAGUGCGAGAUCGCCUGUGAGCUGUACGAUCAUCUGACAGCCGGCCACGAGACUAGUGCCGUGGCUUUAACCUACCUCUUCUGGGAGCUUUCAAAGCAUCCGGAGCUACAGCGAGAGCUCCGGGAAGAGCUCCUGACCCUUGAGCCAAGGCUCACCUACCCUCGUCCUGACGCAUCACGAGCCCUUCCAUCCCCAAAGUCAAUCGAUGCUUUACCUCUCCUCGAAGCCAUCGUCACGGAAACACUGCGCCUGCAUGCCCCGAUACCGGGCAUCCAACCUCGCGUGACGCCGUCUCCAAGCUGCACGCUUGUAGGUUUUGACAACAUCCCCGCAAAUACGCGGGUGAACGCACAAGCCUACUCGCUCCACCGCAAUCCCGCGGUCUACCCGGAGCCUGAGUCAUGGGAGCCGAGGCGGUGGCUGAAAGACCAGAAUUCGGCCGCCGAGCUGGAGGAGCGACGACGGUGGUUCUGGGCUUUUGGCAGCGGGGGACGGAUGUGUGUGGGCAGUAACCUAGCCCUACAAGAAAUGAAACUGGCUGUGGCAGCCAUUUAUACGAACUUCACGACUUCUGUUGUCAACGACGACGACAUCGAGGCGAUUGAUGCUUACACCGUGAAGCCUCGAGGCGAGAAGUUGAUUUUGCGCUUCGAGAAUGCCUGA